AUGCAGAAGUUAAACUCCUCUGAUGAGAUCAGCAUUCUGGAACACGAUUUGGCUGAAUUGAAGAAAUCAAAUAGGCUUGUAGAUGACAACAACAAUACUUCAACUAUACUUAAGACUAGGCUUGAAAGACUGUUGAAGGAAAGAGAAUUAAGAAAAUCUUUAAAAUCAUGCAAUGAUCAAGAUGUAAAUAGUAAUAUUGUAGAUGAUCAGAAUCAGAUAAUUACACCAUUAACAGAUAAUUUGCCUACUGAAGAAGAAUUGGUGAAAGGUCUUAAAGCAAGCAAACUGAUUACUAAUGAAAGUGAAAGAGAAGAUAGAAGUCCUUUCAAACAACGGUUAUUAGUUGUAGCCAAUCGGCUUCCUGUUUCUGCAGUUAGAAAAGGUGAUGCUUCUUGGCAACUUGAAGUAACUGUUGGAGGCUUAGUUAGUGCACUUUUGGGUAUAACCGAUUUUGAAGCAAAAUGGAUCGGAUGGGCUGGAGUAACUGUACGUGAUGAAAUUGGCCGAAAAUCUCUUACUGAAGCUUUAGCUGAAAAGAGAUGCGUUCCUGUGUUCCUUGAUGAAAAUCUUGUGAAUCUAUACUACAACGGGUACUGCAACAACAUCUUAUGGCCACUCUUUCAUUACUUGGGCCUCCCUCAAGAAGACAGCCUUGCAACAAUUUGGAGUUUUCAAUCACAAUUUGAAGCCUACAAGAAAGCAAAUCAAUUGUUUGCAGAUGUAGUAAAAGAACAUUAUCAAGAUGGAGAUAUUGUUUGGUGUCAUGAUUACCAUUUAAUGUUUCUUCCUAAAUGCUUAAAGGAACAAAAUGAAAACAUUAAAGUUGGCUGGUUUUUGCAUACUCCAUUUCCAUCUUCUGAGAUCUAUAGAACAAUGCCUUCAAGAUCAGAAUUGCUAAUUGCAGUUCUUGCAGCAGAUGUAGUCGGGUUUCAUACGUAUGAUUAUGCAAGACAUUUUGUGAGUGCAUGUACUCGUAUUCUUGGGCUUGAAGGUACUCCAGAAGGAGUUGAAGAUCAAGGGAGACUCACUCGUGUAGCUGCAUUUCCUAUUGGGAUUGAUUCUGAUAGAUUUGUAAAAGCCAUUGAACUCCCUCAAGUCAAGAAUCAUAUAAAAGAAUUCCAGGAAAGAUUUGAUGGUCGAAAGGUAAUGUUAGGAGUUGAUCGGCUUGAUAUGAUUAAGGGAAUCCCACAAAAGCUAUUGGCAUUUGAAAAGUUUCUUGAAGAUAAUCCAAAUUGGCAGGAUAAAGUAGUCUUCGUGCAAAUUGCUGUUCCAACAAGAACAGAUGUUCUUGAGUAUCAAAAACUUACAUGUCAAGUUCAUGAAAUUGUUGGAAGGAUUAAUGGAAGAUUUGGGACACUUACAACUGUCCCAAUUCAUCAUUUGGAUCGGUCUUUUGAUUAUCAUGCCUUAUGUGCACUAUAUGCUAUAACGGAUGUGGCAUUGAUUACAUCUCUAAGGGAUGGAAUGAAUCUUGUGAGCUAUGAAUUCGUCGCCUGCCAAGCUUCAAAGAAAGGCGCCCUAAUUCUAAGCGAGUUUGCAGGAGCUGCACAGUCUCUCGGGGCAGGAGCAAUUUUGGUAAAUCCAUGGAAUGUAACUGAAGUAGCUUUUGCGAUUGCUUACGCCCUAAACAUGCCAUCCGAAGAGAGAGAAAAACGACAUCAUCAUAAUUACGUUCAUGUCACUACUCAUACAUCUCAAGAAUGGGCCGAAACUUUCAUUAGCGAACUCAACGAUAUGGUUGUUGAAGCUCAACUUAGAACAACACAAAUUCCACCUUUACUUCAAACCGAACACACAAUCGAACGUUACAUGCGCUCCAAUAACCGUUUACUCAUUCUGGGGUUUAAUGUGACAUUAACCGAACCCGUGAAUGCACCGGAUAGACGCGUGGAUCAGUUUAAAGAAAUGGAAAGUAAAUUGCAUCCUGAAUUAAAAGAACCUUUGAAGAGGCUUUGUAAUGAUCCAAAGACAACGGUUGUGGUGUUAAGUGGAAGCCAUCGAUCCGUUCUUGAUAAGAACUUUGAUGAGUAUAAUGUAUGGCUUGCGGCUGAACAUGGUGUGUUUGUUAGAACGGGGAAUAAAAAAUGGUUACAAAAUUUAUCUGAUAAUAUAAACAUGGAUUGGGUUGAAAGUGUUAAGCAUGUUUUUGAGUAUUUUACUGAGCGGACCCCACGCUCGUAUUUCGAGCUCCGUGAGACUUCAAUUGUUUGGAAUUAUAAGUACGCAGAUAUCGAGUUUGGGAGACUACAAGCGAAGGACAUGUUGCAGCAUUUGUGGACGGGGCCCAUAUCAAAUGCAUCGGUGGAAGUGGUCCAAGGUGGGCGGUCUGUGGAGGUUCGGGCCCAUGGUGUGACUAAGGGUGCAGGGAUAAGUGGCAUUUUAGGACAAGUUAUACAUGAUAAAAAUAUGAAGGAUCCGAUUGACUAUGUGUUGUGUGUUGGCCACUUUCUUCCCAAGGAUGAAGAUAUUUACACAUUUUUCGAGCCUGAGCUUCCAGCUGCAACACCAACUCCGACCCACUCAAGUUUAGGGAGUCCGGGCAACGAGUUUUCUCCAAAUCAUUCUGCUCGGAGGACGGGAUCCGGGGGAUAUUCCGUUUCAGCUUCUGAUAGUGAAGACUGGGGCUCGAACGGGAAGCGAAGCAGCAACACCACCAUGGAUGCACACAACAAGGGUCCAUCGGUUCUCGAUCUUCAGGGUGACAACUACUUCUCGUGUGCAGUUGGAAGGAAGAGGUCUACUGCAAGGUAUCUUUUGAAUUCAUCGGCUGAUGUGGUGACUCUGUUGAAAAAACUGGCAGAUUGA